UGACAGCGCCUCUGCUGCAAGCAGCAUGGAGGUGACGGACCGCAUCGCCUCCCUGGAGCAGCGGGUCCAGAUGCAAGAAGACGACAUCCAGCUGCUCAAAUCGGCUCUGGCCGAUGUGGUUCGGCGCCUGAACAUCACCGAGGAGCAGCAGGCCGUGCUGAGCAGGAAAGGACCUACCAAAGCCAGACCGCUGGUGCAGACUCUGCCUUUACGAACCACCGUCAACAACGGCACCGUGCUACCAAAGAAGCCUAGCGGCUCUCUGCCGUCUCCCUCCGGGACCAGGAAAGAAACCGCUGUGCCGGUGACAACCAAAAGCACCAUCAAGAGGACCAGCUCCUCGGAACGCGUGUCCCCGGGCGGCCGGCGGGAGAGCUACGGGGACUCCAAGGGGAGCCGGCACCGCACGGGGUCCACCAGCAGCUCUUCCAGCGGCAAAAAGAACAGCGAAAGCAAACCCAAGGAGCCCGUCUUCAGCGCGGAAGAAGGGUAUGUAAAGAUGUUUCUCCGUGGGCGUCCGGUCACCAUGUACAUGCCCAAGGAGCAAGUGGGCGCCUACAGCCUGGAGGCGAAGGCGGAGCUGCCGGCCAGAAGGCUCAAGCUAGAAUGGGUCUAUGGGUACAGGGGCCGUGACUGCCGGAAUAACCUGUACCUGCUGCCGACGGGCGAGACGGUGUACUUCAUCGCGUCGGUGGUGGUCCUGUACAACGCGGAGGAGCAGCUGCAGCGGCACUACGCCGGCCACAACGACGACGUCAAGUGCCUAGCAGUUCAUCCUGACAAGAUCACGAUAGCAACAGGACAAGUCGCAGGCACAUCCAAGGAUGGAAAACAAUUGCCCCCACAUGUGCGCAUCUGGGAUUCCGUGACCCUGAAUACACUGCAUGUCAUCGGAACCGGGUUUUUCGACCGAGCCGUCACCUGCAUUGCAUUCUCGAAAUCUAACGGAGGAAGCCACCUCUGUGCCGUGGAUGACUCCAACGACCACGUGCUGUCGGUGUGGGACUGGCAGAGGGAGGAGAGGCUGGCGGACGUGAAGUGUUCGAACGAAACCGUGUUUGCUGCGGAUUUCCACCCCACGGACACCAACAUAAUAGUUACCUGUGGGAAGUCGCACCUCUACUUCUGGACCCUGGAGGGGAACUCCCUCGUCAAGAAGCAGGGCCUGUUCGAGAAGCAAGAAAAGCCAAAGUUUGUCCUCUGUGUGACUUUUUCUGAAAACGGUGACACCAUUACUGGAGAUUCAAGUGGCAACAUCUUGGUGUGGGGAAAAGGUACGAACCGGAUAAACUGUGCCGUCCAGGGCGCCCACGAGGGCGGCAUUUUCGCGCUUUGCAUGUUGCGGGACGGCACGCUGGUGUCGGGCGGAGGGAAAGACCGGAAGCUCAUUUCUUGGAAUGGAAACUAUCAGAAACUUCACAAAACGGAGAUUCCAGAACAGUUCGGUCCAAUACGGACAGUGGCCGAAGGGAAAGGCGACGUCAUCUUGAUAGGCACGACCAGGAACUUCGUUCUGCAGGGCACUCUGUCGGGGGCCUUUGCGCCCAUUACUCAGGUGCACCCCCAGCCGCAUGUUUACGACAGGUGGUUUGUGUUUGACACAGAAACGAAAGACUUGGUCACUGUUCACACGGAUGGGAAUGAGCAGCUCUCUGUAAUGCGCUACUCACCAGAUGGGAAUUUCUUAGCAAUAGGCUCCCAUGACAACUGUAUCUAUAUUUACGGUGUCAGCGACAACGGCCGGAAGUACACCCGAGUCGGCAAAUGCUCGGGCCAUUCCAGCUUCAUCACCCACCUGGACUGGUCGGUGAACUCGCAGUUCCUCGUCUCCAAUUCGGGAGACUACGAGAUCCUCUACUGGGUUCCCUCUGCUUGUAAGCAAGUCGUAAGUGUGGAGACUACAAGGGACAUAGAAUGGGCUACGUACACGUGCACUUUGGGGUUCCAUGUCUUCGGAGUGUGGCCAGAAGGCUCGGACGGGACGGACAUCAAUGCCAUCUGCCGGGCCCAUGAGAGGAAGCUGCUGUCAACGGGCGACGACUUCGGCAAAGUGCACCUCUUCUCCUACCCCUGCUCGCAGUUCAGGGCUCCCAGCCACGUGUACAGUGGGCACAGCAGCCACGUCACCAACGUCGAGUUCCUCUGCGACGACAGCCACCUUAUCUCCACAGGCGGCAAAGACACGAGCAUCAUGCAGUGGCGGGUCAUUUAGUGCCGGCAGGAGCCUCGGGGAGCGGAGCUGGCCCGGAAACGCACAGCCCCGGUUCCUCGGCCACUGUGAUUUCUGCUGUUCCGUUUGAAAAGUUCUCACAAACCUCAGGAAAACCACUCCCUGUGCCGCUCACCUUAGCCGAGGGAUCGGUGAGCGGCACGUCAGAUCAGCAGUUCAGGUUUCUCUGUUGUACAAUAUGUAAAACACAUUUAAUAUAAAAAAAAAAAAGAUGCCAAGGUUUACAUGACGGUGACAUCGACAGGAUAGCUGGUGUUUCCUUCAUAGCUUUUCUAUGAGCUCUUCAAGAAUGGUCACAGAAUGCCUUUCCACACCCUGUCCGUCCCCUUUCACCAUCGAGCUGGCCGCGUCGCGUGUUUAUGACGACGAGGUGGUUCUAACGGGCUACGCCGACCGAGUGGAGAGUGAAUAACUGAUUUGCACAGCUGAGUCGGGACAUGCGGAUCGGACUUCCUCUGGCCACGUGGUCUAAGGUGUCACUCAGUUCUCCCUCCGGGAGGCCAGUGAGGAGGGGGUUGUUCUCGUCUCGUGUUAGGCGGGUUGGACUCCUGGUUCCGUUAAACAUCGCAGCCGGGGAUACAGGCAUCCGAGCUUCGCUGGGCUGUCUGCCCAACCCGGUGCGGCCAGCCACUUAGCACCCACGUGACAGGCGCCCCUUCUCUUCCCCGGCCACAGCCCCUGAUGAACGGGGGAGACGCCCGGCCACCUUCCUCUGUAUAGUAACUGGCAUGGUAUGGUAUUGUAUAGGAUUUUAGCAAGUCACGAUAAAUGCAUAAGGCUAGGCUCUACUGUUUUAUGCUUAUGGACAUUGUAUAUUUGUAUUUUAAGACCAAGGAGACCAAGUCGAAAAGAUACCGUAAACCUGCAGCAGGGAGAAGUCUGGAAGGCGCCACCAGGCUCUAAAGGCAGCUGCUUCUCCUGUCUUUUGUGCCUGGACGGCUGGUUUCGCGAUGAAGUAAGAUCACGUUCUGAUGAGUAAAACGUAGGCGGCAUCCAUUUGUCAAGAAGGCCUUAUCCAUUUUGAUUGUGUGACGGAUUGAAAUGUACUGUUUACAUUGGGGAAUGUAUCUCGGAUUUUAAAAUAGAAGAGUAAUAAACAGACUUAAAAACAAACAUGAAGGUUUUUACUUGCUCUAGGCAAGUAAAUGAAUUGAACUCUGUGAACUCUACAGCACUGGUUGUUUAGAGUGGCCGGUCGAUGGCGACAUUCGAAGCGUUUUUUACGACAUCUCCAGCCCACUGUGGAAGUGCAGGCACCAGUAAACGAUGUGUAUUAAAGGUGACUCCGUUUGUAUGUAUCCUUACCAAAUAUAUUCUAUAAUGAAAUAAAAUCUGAAAAGCGGAUUUCUUAUUGA